AUGAUUCCAUUGGUUUUAACUUUAAUUAUAAUUACUGUAUUUCUUUUAUCAUCAUUAUUUAUUUAUGUCUUAAUUUAUUCUCGAGAAAAUUUCAAAUCAUCAUCAUCACCAUUUGCUUAUGGAAAACGAAGAAUAAAAUAUGUAAUUCAACCAUCAAUGAAUAUUAUAACAAGAAGAUUAUCUACAUAUCGUUCAAGCUUUUCAAUUCAUCAUGAUUCAAAUCUUACUAAACCAAAUCAAACACGUUCAUAUAGUUGCGCAAAUAAUUUAUCUGUUGUAAAAUAUCCUCAUAGAAGACGAAGUUCAAUUAUUGAUUCAAAACAAAUUGCACAAAUUCAAUUUGAAGUUCCAUUAACAGCUGAAAAAUAUCGACGUCGAUCUGUAGCAAUUUGUAAUAAUAUCAUCGAAACAAAACAAAGUACAAUUGAUUCAAUAAUAAAAACCAUUCAAUCAUCAAAUCAAAUUUUACCAUGUCUUGUAUCAUUUUCAAUCAUUUAUUUAGAAUCAUCACAAAUUAAAAUACAAUUUCAUUCUUUAACAUCGUUAUUAUCAACAAUAAAACAAUUAACAAUUAAGCUGAAAUUAAAUCCUGAUGGUAAAGCAAAAGAAUUAUCCGUAAAAAAUAUUCUUCCAGAUCAAAAUAUAUUUGCUGAAGAAAAUACGGAAUAUUUUAUACAAUUUUCACAUAUUCCAUUAGCAAAACUUGCUGAAAAAACCUUAGUAAUAAAAUUUUAUGGAAAAAAUCAAGAAAAAAAAACAAUUCAACUUGGUCAAAUUGGUAAAAUUUAUUUCAAUCAAAUAGAAAAUAUUGAAAAUAAAAAUCAAAUGGAUUUUAUCCAUGAAAUUGAAAAUAUAAAAAUGUCAUCAAUAGAAAUUCUUGUUUCAAUUGAAAAAUUAAAUGAUCAUAAUUUAAUUAUUGAUUUACAACGUAUCAAAGGAUUAAAACAUAAUCAAAAAAAUCCAAAUGCAACAUGUUUUUUUCGAAUAAUUCUUCUGGAUCGUCAUCGACCAUUAACAACACAUGAAACCAAAUUUUAUCGAUUAAAUUCUUCAACAUUUUCUCUUCAAGAAUCAUGUCAUUUUAAUAUAUUAUCAUUUAAUUCAAAUCAUCUCGAUCGUCUGAUAAUUAGAAUUGAUUUCUAUUCGAAUAUCAAUGAUACUAAUGAACAUCAUUAUAUAGGUCGAAUUAAACUAGGUUCACCUUAUAUUUGUUCAGGUAGUGGAACAAUACAUUGGCAACAAUUUAAACAGCGUCAUUCAUUUUCAAUGUGGCAUACUUUAAUCAAGCAAUAG